UAGAGUUCAGGUAAGCAGAGCACAGAAAGCGAAAAUGGCUUCUCUACCUCUGCUUCGUCUCUCCCUUCAUCCUUCUCCACAAACCCUAAAUAAACCCUACUUCCCCUCUCCCUCUCUAGCCGUCCGAUCUCCUCAAACCCUAAAGAAAUCCUACUUGCCCUCUGCUUCACUAGCUGUUCUAAUCCCACAUUCCCUUCGAUCAACAAUCAAGAUUUCCCCCCGCCGCCCAACCCAACCUCCGUCGAAGAAGACCAUUUGCAUGUCAUAUCAGACGGUUCCGGCCACCGAUAGGUUAAUCUCAGUUGUCGCUUACUUUCUCCCGUUCUUCAAUGGUUUACAGUACGGACGUUUCCUCUUUACAAGGUACCCUAACUUAGGGCUUCUUCUGGAACCGAUCUUGCCUUUCUUGAGCUUCUACAAAUCGAUCCCUUACGCGAGCUUUGUGGCAUUCUUUGCUCUGUACCUGGGCGUCGUGAGGAACCCUAGUUUUAACAGGUAUGUAAGGUUCAAUUCGAUGCAGGCAGUCGUGUUGGAUGUGCUUUUGGUGCUUCCUUUGCUGAUCCAAAGGAUCAUUAAUCCUGGUAAAGGGCUAGGGUUUCGAUUUCUGGUGAUGGGUUAUAAUGCCAUCUUUGUGUUCAUCGUGGCUUGCUUUUUGUAUAGCGUUGGGUUUUGUAUUCUGGGUAGGACUCCUUACUUGCCAUUUGUUGCUGAUGCUGCGGAAAGGCAGCUUUGAGUUUCAUGAUAUGAAUCUAUUCAAUUAGUUGGAUAUGUAGUCGUUUACUUUUUAUUCAAUUAAUUGGGUGUUUGAAGAAUUAAA